CUGCCAACAUCAUGGAACUGGUGCGACAUCGCCGGUAUCAACUUCUGCAGUCCAACCAGAAACCAGCACAUCCCUCAGUACUGCGGCUCAUGCUGGGCAAUGGGAACGACUUCGGCCCUCGCUGACAGAAUAAACAUUAAAAGGAAGGCGGCCUGGCCGGUCACCUACCUUUCGGUACAAUACAUAAUCGACUGUGCCAAAGCAGGUAGUUGCCAUGGUGGCAACAUGUUGCCAGUGUAUGAGUUCAUUCAUAAGAAGGGCAUCGUCGACGAAACGUGUAAUAACUAUCAAGCUAAGGACGGAGUUUGUGAUCCCUUCGACCAGUGCGGAAACUGCGUGACAUUCGGUAAAUGCUAUCCAGUCAAGAAUUACACUUUGUACAAAGUUGGGGACUUCGGGCCCGUCAGCGGAAGGCUUAAUAUGAAGGCGGAAAUUUUUUCCAAUGGACCUAUUGCUUGUGGGAUUUCCGUUACCGAUCCUUUCGAGAUGUACAACGGUGGAAUUUACUUGGAGCACAAGAAAGAACCUCAGAUAAACCAUGUCGUGUCCAUUGUCGGGUGGGGAUUUGAUCACGAUACCGGCGUGGAAUACUGGAUCGGAAGAAAUUCUUGGGGUUCUCCUUGGGGUGAACAAGGAUUUUUUCGGAUCGUAACCAGCGCUUACAAGAAUAACACCGGAAAUAUGUAUAACCUCGCGGUUGAAGAAGACUGCGCCUAUGCUGAUCCAAUUGUUUGA